AUGGAUGAUAGAGUCUUUUUGAAAGUGCAUUAUUUUGGUCAGAUUUUGUUGCAGAUACUUGAAAGAGUAAAAUUUGUUUGUGAAGAUCCGUUAGAUGUUGUUAUUCCCUUCACAAUUUUAUUUGAAGAGCUUAAAGGCGUGAUUUGUGAGAAGAUAGAUUCGGAGAUGUCAAGAAAAAUAUCAUGUAUUUUAUACAGAUAUCCGGAACCAGUAUUUGGUGGAUUCGUCCAAUUUCAGACCAAAUAUGUAACGGACGAAGCAAGCAUGCAAGAGAUGUUUUCAAUGUAUAUUGAAAGUCGUGCUCAAAUUUUGUUCAUCGAGUUUGUGGCUCCGAAUGUGACAGAUGUUGCAAAUGCCCUCGCGAAUGAAGAGCCAUUUGAGGAGCCAUCUUUCAUUUAUCUGGAAGAAGUUCCUUUUGUCGCAGAUGGUGAGUUCGCCGUGGGGAUGGAAUUCAGUUCCAGGGAAGCUGUUAUUAAGGCGAUGAAGGAGUAUACCCUCCGAAGAUCUGUAGACUACCGUGUGUAUAAGUCGGAGCUGUUGACAUUUUAUGCGAAGUGUACACAGUACGGGUCAGGAUGUGAUUGGCUUAUCAGAGAUUAUUCGAAGCUGGAUUCAAAUACGAUUGCCGAAGCCAUAAAACCGUUGGUUGAGGCUGACCCCUCUUUAAAGGUAAAAUCAGUUAUUGCAGAAGUGCAGUCGAAGUUCAACUACACCGUCAGCUAUCGAAAAGCAUGGUUGGCAAAGCAAAAGUCCGUUGAGAAAAUAUUUGGAGGUUGGGAAGUGUCCUACGAAGCGUUGCCCAUAUGGUUUGAGGCCAUGUGUUAUAAGGAGCCAUCAGCUGUCGUACAUUUUGAGACUAUGCCUGCAUAUCAAGGGGAUGACUUGGUAAGUGAUAUUCGGGUAUUGCAUCGAGUCUUUUGGAGCUAUUACCCCUGCAUUAGAGCGUUCAGACACUGUAAGCCAGUUGUCCAAGUGGACGGGACUCGCUUGUACGGAAAGUACAACGGUUGCUUGUUAGUGGCCGUUUCGCAGGAUGGGCUUAUAUCGGACCGACAUGAGUCCAUAAAUGCAGUUGUGGAACGUAGUCACGGAGCUUGGUCACCUCCUAGAGCUUUCCAUAUGUUUUGCAUCAGGCAUAUAGAGUCGAACUUUUUGAGGAAAUCCAAGGCACCUUACCUGCAAAAGCUUGUCGUCAACAUAGGAUAUUCGCGGACGGUUCACGAGUAUGAAGUGUGUUACCAGCGUUUACGAGAGCGGGACGAGGCGUACACUAACUGGUUAAACCGUAUUCCCUGUGAACAGUAUGCGUUGGCCUUCGACGGUGGCUACCGAUGGGGUCACAUGAUGACUAAUCUAGUGGAAUGUAUCAACUCAUUCUUGAAGGGUGCACACAAUCUCUCGAUCACUGCACUUGUGAAAGCAACGUUCUACAAACUUAAUGAGUUGUUCACACGGAAAAGAGAAGAGGCGGAGGCGAGGAUUAAUGCAGGCCAUAAUGAGGUAUUUGAAGUGCGUGAGAUGCCAAGUGGAGUGGAGUAUGCUGUUGACCUCCAUCGUCAAAGAUGUGACUGCGGUGAGUUCCAGGUGGACCGGAUUCCUUGCCGGCAUGUGUUUGCAUGUUGUGCAAAUCAACGACUAGAUUGGCAGGUGUAUGUGCAUGACGUUUAUAAGAUGGACCAGGUUAGACACGUUUAUCGGGCUAGGUUUAGGCCACCAGGGAAUCAUACUAUGUGGCCUUCUUACAAUGGUCCUCAAUUCGUACCGAACCCGUACCUGAGACGCGUUUCUAAAGGUUGGCCCAGGAUGACGCGCUUCUUGAAUGAGAUGGAUACACGUAUCUUACGCCGUCCGAGGCGAUGUAGGCAAUGUGGAUCUAAGGGACACAGUCGUAUUAGAUGCCAUUAG